AGCCCCGGGGCCGUCGGCAGCCGGGUCCCCUUCGGGUCGGGCCCGUGGCGGGCGGAUGGGGCCGGAUCCCGCAGGUGCCUCCGAGUCUCCCCAUGGGGCGGCUGCGCCGGGCGCUGCUCCCGCUGAGCUGCCUGGUCCUGGUGUGGGCCGCAGGCUCCGGCGGCGUCCGCGUCCUGCACCCGCCCUCCUGCUCCUCCGACUACCUCAGCGCGUCCACCUGCGAGUGGAGGCUGGACCGCCCUCUCAACUGCACCGCCCGGCUCCGCCUGGCCUACUGGCUCAGCUUCCUGCAUUUUGAGAACCGCAGCUGUGUCCCCCACAACACGGCCGGCGCCGCGUGCGCGUGCCACCUGCUCACGGACAACGUGAUCGUGGCGGACACCUACCGGCUGGACCUGUGGGCCGGGCGGCGGCUGCUGUGGGGGGGCUCCUUCACCCCCAGCAAGCACGUGAAACCCAGGGCCCCAGAGAACGUCACCGUGUCCGCCAACAUCUCCCACAUGUGGGUCGUGGCGUGGAGCAAUCCCUACCCUCCUGGAAACUUACUGCACGGUGAGCUCACCUACCAAGUCAACGUCUCCCAAGCGGAUGACCCGGCGCAGUGUCAAGUCUAUAAUGUGACCUACACGGAGCCUGUCCUCCACCUGGCAGCCAGCACCCUGCAACCCGGACUCUCCUACAGGGCACGGGUGAGGGCCCUGGCCCAGAACCUGCACAGCAGCUGGAGCGAGUGGAGCCCCAGCGUCACGUGGCACAACCACUCGCAGCUGGCCCUGGAGCAGCAGCUGGCCCUGGGCGUGGGCAUCGCCUGCACCAUCAUCCUGCUCGUGUGCCUGGUCUGCUACUUCAGUGUCAUCAAGAUUAAGCAGCUGUGGUGGGACCAGAUCCCCAACCCCGGGCGCAGUACCCUGCUGGCCGUCGUCAUCCAGGAUUCCCAGGUGUCGCCGUGGGAGAAGCCGAUGCCAGGGCAGGAAGCACCUGAGCGCCCCCGCUGGAGGAGCUGCCUGGCCAAGCUCCUGCCGUGCCUGCUGGAGCACGGCGGGAAGACGCGGAGUUUCCCCAAGGCGUCCCGAAGCGAGGCGCGGCUGGCGUGGCCCCCCGUGGAGCUGCACAAGAUGAUCCUGUGGCCGGAGCGCAUCAGCGUGGUGCGGUGCGUGGAGCUGUGCGAGGCCCCGGCGGCGCGGGCGGCGGUGGAGCAGGAGCCGGAGGAGGAGGAGGCGGCCGGGCCCGCGGGCGCGCCGGCCGAGGGCAGCGCGGGCGCCUUCCCGGGCGGCGUGGUGGCCCGGCUGGCCGAGAGCCUGUUCCUGGACCUGCUGGGGGCGGAGGCGGGGCCCGCGGGGUCCCCCGGGCCUCCGGCCGGCUGGGCCCGCGCCCCGGAGCCCGCGGCGGCCGUGGCGGACAAUCCGGCCUACCGCCGCUUCAGCGAGGGCUGCGCGCCGGCCGAGCCGGGGGGCUGGGAGCACGUCCUGCGCCAGCGCCUCCUGCAGACGGCGGCCGCCCCGGCCGGCGCCUACCGGGACUUGAAGCCGGCGCUCGAGCCGGGCGCGGGGUACAAGGCCCUUCCGGGGGCCCCCGCGGACCCGGGCUACCGGCCGUGCCGCGCCCCGGGCCGCCCCGAGCCCCCCGCCGGCGCCGGCGCGGACGAGCUGGGCGGCGGCCUGGCCUACGCGGCGCUCACCUGCCACCAGUGCGGCCGCCUGAAGCAGCGCCGCGGCCCCGCCGAGCGCGCCCCGGGCCCCGGCGCCGCCCGGCCCUGCUGCGCCUGCUGCUCCGGGGACCCGGCCUCGCCGCCCGGGACUUGCCCGGGACGCCGGCGGGCCGGCCACUCGCUGCUCCCGGCCUCAGUUUCCCCUGGGGGCAAGAGUUGA